AAAAGUAGCAGGGAACGUAAACCCAGUGCGCGUGCUCCUGUGAUCCGUUGCACAGUUCGCCGAUCAGUCCUUCCUGGCGUGCCGUGUCGUUCGAUUGUUACCUUCCUGUAUCUCCCGGCGAGUUCUGAAGAUGAGUAAGUCGCUACUUGCAGCGAUGCUUAGUAAAGAAGAAAGUGGUUCCGAAGCAGAAGUGGAUCACACCGAUCCUUCAAGCUUCCCAGAUGUACCCACACAGAAGAGCACGACUACACCAACGACGACCACCACCGUUAAGCCACCUUUGGAUUCCAAGUUGAUUGUCUCCACAGUCAGCCAGUCGAGAGACGUGUCUCCAAUACCAAGCUCUGUCCCGGGUAACCUGUGCCACUUCUUGAUGUGUGGGCCCAUAACAGCCCCCUUCAUGACCACGCCUGAUGCACGUCUUAACAAGUCCACCGCACUCGUGUCCACGUUGCUGACGACACGCUUUGGCAUUGAUAUUAAACGAGGAACCCAGUCGCAGGUUAUCAGCCAACUGAACACCGCUACUGGCAUGGGAACGACUACGACUCACGGAAAGAACGUGUUUCACUACAGCUGCCUCGACUUUGACAUCAGAGUGAAUACGUCGAGUGCAGAUGUGAACCAGUUCAUCCAGUUUCUCAAGAAAAUCAGCAAGGUCCAGUUUGACAACGAAGGAAACUUGAGGACUCUUGGCUACGUGUUCGCUGGUGUCUCCCCCAUCGGAAGCGACUCGGGUAACAUGAGAGAUCAUGUUCAACGUAUUAUCAAUGAAGCACGUCCUGACGGUAUUUUAUUCCUGACCACCUAUGUCAAAACGAAGACGUCCGGAUUCCGUGCGGCGGUGCCCUCGGCCUGGACUAUGCCGACAAUAUCUGACCGGCCGACAUUUAUUUGUAUAAGUAAUAAUUCGUCGACUUACCUGUACUACUUUAACCCUUAUGUGGGCAAUCAAGAUAUAUGUGACACGCCCAGACCCCCCAAGUCCCGCCUUGCUUGCUGGCUCGAAGGUUGCGACACUGCAAUUCAUGGAACUGAAAUGUUGAAAGCGUACACCGAAUACGGACAUCAAGGGUGGCUGGGUGAUGUUAGACGUCCUGUAUUGUGAUGUGCACCAGUUCCGUCGCUUUGAAUUUGUACGUGCACGACCGACAUUUGUCUGUACGACCGCCGACGGGCUGCGGAGGUGGAGAUCCUUGCCCUUGAACUCUGCAUUUGUGCCAGCAGGUGCCACUGCUUUCUAGGCAAUAAAUUUGUCACAUUACUGCUGA